UUUAUUUAUUUAAUCGAUGUUAUAGUUAUUAAUAAUAUAAUAUGAACGGAAUAUUUUAUUUAGUUAAAAAUUUCGUAGAAAAAAGGCUUAUUGGUUAUAGAGAAUGAGCGCGUGUAUCUUUGACUGUCGAAAGCAAGAAAAAUGCUCUUCUAUUCUUUUUUCAAGUCUUUAGUUGGUAAAGAUGUUGUAGUUGAACUCAAGAAUGACCUCAGUAUAUGUGGAACUCUACAUUCUGUGGAUCAAUACUUAAACAUUAAAUUAACAGAUAUUAGCGUAACAGAUCCAGAGAAAUAUCCUCAUAUGUUAUCUGUGAAGAAUUGUUUCAUCCGUGGUUCGGUCAUUAGAUAUGUUCAAUUACCAGCAGAUGAAGUAGACACACAAUUGCUUCAAGAUGCUGCCAGAAAAGAAGCGGCUCAAAACAAACAAUAGCACAAGUCACAUUAUUAUAAUUGUUCUGUUAGUUGUUUACCAUGUAAACUUUAAAAAUAUUUUAUUAAAGUUUCGCCAAAUACUUUCUCAUCAUUUAUUUUUCUUCUGUGACAAAGUAAAAUGUCAUUGAAAA